AUUAGAUAAAAUGACAUAUGAAGCAGAAUCCCCAUUUGAUAGUGAGCUACAUCCAUUACCAAAUCCUUCGAUACAUUUCCAAAACAAUAGUCAACAAAGAAAUGAAACUGAAUCUCCAACUGAAUCUCCAUCAAGACCUGCAAGACAAAAACUCAAACUGGACCCAACAUCAACUGCUACUGCUGCAAAUAAAAAACUGUUGAACAUUAAAAAUAGUGAAACUACUUCACAACAAGAACCUGAUUUCAUAACACCUAAUUCAUAUAAAUUUGUCAAACCAUUACAAACUGCAUUUAUGUCAUCUGGUUUAUUGAGUAAGAAGAAUAGGAAACUAAGUGAAUCAGUACAUCCACCAGAAACUCCAUGCAAAAAACCACUACAGCUUAAUGUCCCUCAACAAACCAACAAAUCAUCAUUUCCAAGUUCAAAUUUAUCUAAUGAUAAUUCACCUUCUGUACUUUCAUCUUCUUCAUCCUUGCCAAGAUCUGCUAGAGCUUUAAAUACUCAUGAAUUAAGAGAUUGUAUCCUCAAGUUUGCUAAUGAUUUUGAUGAUAGUAAUGAUUCAAUAUUUGAUAAUGAUGGUGACUUGAUUUCACACGAUCCUUCAACUCCAACUCGUUUAAGUACUGCUCAAAGUGCAGCUUUGUCCAAAAGUCUGAAAUUGAACAUUCAAGCUUUAUCUCAACAACAACCAACUCCAUCAAAUAAACAUACUCCAAGAACACCAGUUGAUGCUACAGUUGAUUCAAGUGAUUUAUCUAAUAUGACAAGUUUUGGUGGUAGUAAUGUUUCAACUUACCAACCAACUUCUGCAACGGCUAAUUCUUCAUUUGAUGAACAUUUAGUAUCAAAAUUUGAAAAUGUUCAAACUGUUGGUAAAGGUGAAUUUUCAAAUGUUUAUGAGAUAACUUUUCAAAGUGCUAAAUAUGCUGUUAAAAGAAUUAAAACUCCAUUUUUAGGUUCAAAACGUCGGAAAAGAAUAUUUGAAGAAGUUGAGAUUUUAAAAGUAUUGCAAGAAAAUGAACCAGCUGAUGAUGAAGGUAAAGAAUAUGUCAUUAAUUUCAUUAAUGAAUGGGAAUUUAGUGGACAUUUGUACAUUAUGACUGAGUUUUGUGAAAAUGGAUCAUUAGAUAAAUAUUUAUUGGAAAAUGGUACAAUCUCUAAGCUUGAUGAAUGGAGAAUUUGGAAAAUAUUGGUUGAAAUAGCUAUGGGCUUGAAGUAUAUUCAUGCUUGUAACAUACUGCAUCUUGAUUUGAAACCAGCAAAUAUUUUUAUUACUUUUGAAGGUUCAUUAAAGAUUGGUGAUUUCGGUAUGGCUUCCAAAUAUCCAACACCCCCAAGUUUUGAAAGAGAAGGUGAUAGAGAAUAUAUUGCACCUGAAAUUAUUUCACAACAAAAGUAUGAUAAACCUGCUGAUAUCUUUUCACUUGGAUUAAUUAUGGUUGAAAUUGCUGCAAAUAUUAUUUUACCAGAUAAUGGUGUUCCAUGGCAAAAAUUAAGAUCUGGUGAUUUAUCAGAUGCUGGAAGAUUGAGUUCUACUGAAUUACAUUAUAAUAUGACUCAUGGAUCAAUAACUUCCAAGAACUCAACUUAUUCAUCGUUAUUAAAUGAUACUGGUCAUACUGGAUCUUCAUAUUCUUCAGUCGAUGAUUCCAACAUGAAGAAAAUCCCAGCUUGGACUCCAAGAUUUUUGAUUGAUGGUAAAGGUGCUCUGGAUAAAUUGGUUAAAUGGAUGAUUGAUCCAUCACCAUUAAACAGACCAACAGCAGUUGAUAUUUUGAACUCUUUAGAGUCACAGUUUGUUGAAGUUAGAAGAAAAGCAGGUGCUGUUAUUUUUGAAGGUGAAUAUGGACCACCUCCAGAUCAAGAAGAAGAAACAAUGAUGAACAAUGAGUUGAGAAAUUUGAAUUUCAGUACCGGUUCUGGUGUUACAUUAACUGUGCCAAGUGAUGUUAUGGAUGAAGAUGAAUGGUAAUCAGUUUGACGAUUUUUAUGGACAAUUAGAUAUAGAGAAUUUAGAAUGGAGAGAGAGAGAGAAAAAAAAUUUGAAAAAGAAGGAAAAAGAUUACAAAGAAUUGUGUUAUUAAAAAAAAGUGCUUUUGCUAUAUUAUGUUUUAUAUUUGAAGCAAUGGAUAAAGGAAACAUCCACUUCAGUUUUCAGUUCUUUUAAGUUUCCAAAUGUUUUUUUGAAAAAGUUAUGAGUUUUCAAUUAUUAUUAUACCCCCUUUUUAUGCUUGAUUUUUCAACUUUUUUUACUACUACUAUCAUUCUUUCCUGCACAGAGAUAGUGAUCAUAUAUAUAGUGAGAUUGCUAUCUUUUUAUGAGGCGUAUUGUGUUUUGUUAUUUGUCA